CGAAACUGUUGUUGUUCUGUUGUUAUGUUGAUAAAAAAAAGUGCUUCUUUCUUUUGACUCUUUCCGGUCUUAACAGUCCUAACUCAUAGUUUGUGCAAAUAAUUUCCGAAAUUUCCUGAGGUAAAAGAUGGCUCCGAGGAAGGGAAAGCAGCAGCAGGAACAAGUCCAAGUCUCUCUCGGCCCUCAGGUACGAGAGGGAGAAAUCGUGUUUGGUGUUGCACACAUCUUCGCCAGUUUUAACGACACAUUUGUUCAUGUCACUGACCUUUCUGGCAAAGAAACUAUUGCGAGAGUCACCGGUGGAAUGAAGGUCAAGGCUGACAGAGAUGAAGCUUCUCCGUACGCUGCUAUGUUGGCUGCCCAGGAUGUAGCUGAGAAGUGCAAGAGCUUGGGUAUCACAGCCCUGCACAUCAAACUGAGAGCUACGGGUGGCAACAAGACCAAGACUCCCGGUCCCGGGGCUCAGUCAGCACUGCGAGCUCUGGCACGUUCCAACAUGAAGAUUGGCCGCAUUGAGGACGUCACACCCAUCCCCUCCGACUCAACCAGAAGGAAGGGAGGUCGUCGUGGUAGGAGGUUGUAAUUGCCAAGAUCUUUUCUUGUUUUGUUUUAUUACUUUAAAUAAAAGUCUUGGUAAUUUA